AUGGGCAAGGGAAACUGCUCCGGUGUGACUGAGUUCAUUCUCCUCGGAUUUGCAGAAGCCCCUGAAUUGAGAGUCGUCCUCUUCUCUGUGUUCCUUCUCAUCUAUGGAGUCACAGUGCUGGGCAACCUGGGCAUGAUGGCAGUGAUUCAGGUCAGCUGUCACCUUCACACUCCCAUGUACUUUUUCCUCAGCCACUUGUCCUUUGUGGACUUUUGCUACUCCACCGUCAUCGUGCCAAAGAUGCUAACUAGUACCUUAAACGAGGACAAAGCCAUCUCCUUCCUGGGAUGCAUGGUGCAAUUCUAUUUCUUUUGUGCCUAUGCAAUCACUGAGGUCUUCCUUUUGGCUGUGAUGGCCUAUGACCGCUUCGUGGCCAUCUGCAACCCACUGUUGUACACGGUCACCAUGUCCCGGAAUCUCUGUGUGGAGCUGGUGUCUUGUUGCUACCUGUGUGGGAUGGUGUGUUCUCUGAUCCACUUGUGUUUAGCUCUGGAGAUCCCAUCCUACACAUCAAAUGUGAUUGACCACUUCUUCUGCGAUCUGCCCCCUCUCUUGUCCCUUGCUUGCUCUGAUGUCACUAUGAAUGAACUGCUGCUGUACAUCGUGGCCACCUUCAAUGAGAUCACCACCAUCGUGAUCAUCCUCACCUCCUACUUGCUAAUUCUCAUCACCAUCCUGAGGAUGCACUCUGCCGAGGGAAGGCGCAAAGCCUUUUCCACCUGUGCCUCCCACCUCACCGCCAUCCUUGUCUUCCACGGAACAAUCCUUUUCACUUACUGCCGGCCCAGUUCUGGCAACAGCGUGGAUACUGACAAGGUGGCCACGGUGUUCUACACUGUAGUGAUUCCCAUGCUCAACCCCCUCAUCUAUAGCCUCCGGAACAAGGAUGUGAAGGAAGCACUCAAGAAAGUGUUGGGAUCUAGAUUACCUUUUGAAAAACUAUUUUCUUAA